AUGACCAGCAACACGUCGAACAAUACCUCCAUCCCUCAAGCCCCUACAAUCAAUUCGACCGCUUCUAACCAAUCGGCUCAUCAACGGACGUCUUCCCUCAGCAGCGGCCAGAACUCGUCCUCUGCCGCUGUGACGGCCAGCGCCCCCACCACGCGUUCCGUGUCGCACGCCACCCGCGCCGCUCCGCCAUCUAAUACAUCUAGCAAGCUUGUAUCGGCGCCCUUAAUCGCAGCCACGCCUCCCUCGUCUUCAAUCGGUGGAGCACCAGUACAAAAUGUACGGCCUGGCUCUGCAACAGCAUCUGCGCCGGUGAACGGCAAGAUAUCCCCUGCUGUUGGAAAUGCUGGGGCUGGCAUUGCGAACGGUGCCCCUCCCUCUUAUACUGGAGGCCAUCAUAGCCGAAAAUCGUCCGUUGCGUCUGGAGCCAGGGGACCAGCACCCAACGGAAGGAUUAAUAAUAUAUCAUUCGGCACUUUAAACGACGCUGGAACUGCUCCCCUCUCGGGUCCCGCCAACGCAGCUGCUAAUCCCUCUUUGACUGCACCAAUGGCAUCCAACCCAAGAGCAAGUUCGCCUCAGCCUCCUGCAUUGGCUGCCUCGCAACCGGCUGCAAGUGGUGGGGCUCCGCCUGUAGCGCCCGCAACCAGUGGCAGGAGUACCAUCCAGUUUGGUGAUGCCACGCAAGUAUGUACAAAUUUCCUUCGACUUUUCCCACGCUGCCUAUGCAUCUAACGGCCCUCGUAGAACCAGAGCCAGAGGCCUGUUUCGUUGCCUCCCCAAGCUCCGGGAUCGAUGCUUGGCCAUAGCCAUCACAGACGGGACUCCGCCCAAUCUACACACGCGGAAACUGGCUCCCCGCAAAUUAGCCACGGCCGAGGAAUGCCUGGUGGUCGGGGCCGGAAUCAGGGGUAUGGCGUGGGUCAGUACCCUCAACAACAGCCGCAUUAUGGUGGCGGCGGUGGCUAUGGAAGAGGUGGUGGCUAUCCUAGCCCGAAUCAGCCCCGUGGCGGGCCAGCGAAUAUGGGACCGCAAUAUCAAGGGCCUGGCUCGGCAAAUAGCUAUCGAAACGGUGGCCACCGUGUUAACGGAAGUCCUGCCAUGUCACACGCUUCCCCUAGUCUUUCUAACGUCCAACCUGUACCCACGAACCAGCUCUACCCGUCGUUUAUGCCUUCUGCGACACCACAUGUGAGUACAUCCCUUUUGCGAUGGAGUGGUGAUGGAUUCCAGCUAGCCAAGAAUUUAAAAUAACCCUCAUCUAGUACGGAAUGCCUGGACAGAUGCAGGGUCCCAUGGGUUUCCCAAUAGAUCCGAACUACUAUGGGGGGAGCUAUUUGUAUCAUCAAAUGGCCCAGGGCUACGGGGGCGUACCGCAAACGAGCCCCAGACCUGCUUUCCAGCCGAUGUCCUCACCGGCCCCUCCUUAUAUUGCGCCUUUCGCGCAAGGUGCUCCUAUGUCUCGCUCCUCGAGCACCAACAUGGAUAUGCACUCUGCCAGGCCUAAUUCGAGCCUCGGCCAACCGCCUACGCCUUCGCAUACACCGCAGCCCAUAAAUAUGCAGCCGCCUGCUCCCCAGCACCCGUCGAAUACUUACCCGCAGCCGCAGAAGAAGAGAAAUCACAAGGUUGAGAUCAAGAACCCGCAUACCGGGUCUGUCGUUCAUUACGACGAAGCUAAGCCCCCAUCUCCUACUCUGCCAGCUGUGGGCAACGCUCCAUUGAUCGUUUCAUCCCCGAGCCCAGCGCCUGGCCGAGUCCCACCUCGUGAUUCUCCUCACACUAGACCGGUAUCCAAAAUGAGGAGCGAGCAAGAAGUGAGAGAUGAGAUGAAAAUUUUGGUGCAGAAGAAGUUCGAGGAGGACAAAAGGCGUAAGGAGGAGGAGAAGAAGCAGGAGGAACUGCUGCUCGAAAAGCAACGUCUGGAGGCCGAGAAGGCUCUGAAGGAAGAGCAAGAGCGCCUUGCCAAGGAGGCCGAAGAGAGGAAAAUGCGUGAGGAAGAGGAACGCCUCAAGAAAGAGGAAGAAGAGAGGCUCCGUAGAGAGGCGGAAGAAAGGGUCUUGAGAGAGGAGGAGGAACGUAGGAAAGAAGCUGAGAAAGCAGAAGCCGCGCGGAUUGCCAAAGAGAAGGAAGAAGAGGCGGCCAGGGAAGCCGCAAGAAUUGCGAAGGAGAAGGAGGAGGAAGAGGCUCGGGUCAAGGCUGAGGCCAGGAGAAAGGCAAAAGAGGAGGAAGCGGCGAGGAGCAAGGCAGAGGCCGAGGCAAAAGCUGCAGAAGCUCUGAAAGCAUCUUCAACCCCAACCAUCUCGAAACCUUUCAGCCCAGACAGCGAUACAAUGCCUCCUCCCGCUAGCAAAGCCGUUGACAAGGGCAAGCCGAAGCCUAGUCCUUUAAAUUUACAAAUCAAGACAAAUGAACCAGGUCCACCCUCCGCUGCUCUCACUUCCUUGAGAUCUGCAAGGUUCAUCGAAGACAUUAACAGCGUAAAUUAUCCUGCUAACAUUCUCUCACCCAACCCUGCUCUCAACCCCGCAGCCUGUGGCAAGUUCAAAUAUCCCAAGGACUUCCUCAUGCAGUUCAAGGAGGUCUUUACCGAAAAGCCUUCUGUCGAUUGGGAUCAAAAAAUGCGUGAGACCGUUGGCGAACCUGACUCGGCUCGCCCUCAGACAGCUCGUGGCCUGGGUCCUCGUGGCUCUACUCCAAGACCUACGGUUUCCAACGCUCAGCCGCCUAUGGCCAUGGGCACGUUCGGAUCCUUUAAGACGGUGGUCCCCAUGAUGGCAUCGAACCGGGGAUACGAGCGCUCUUCCACAACCGGGUCUCAACCUCCAGGAGGUUUGAUUUUCAAUUCUAGACCUGGUGGUGGCGGUGGUGGCGGUGGCGGUGGGGGGAGUGUUCUCAUGCGUACUGGGUCUAGCAAUUCGUUAUCUGGGGCAAACACGCCCAGCAGUCCUCGGACUGGGAACAGAUCUUCGCGUGGUAACAGCAGGAAAGGUGGUGGUGCUCCGAUGGAGAAAACCGAAUCAAAGCAAGGAGGAGCUGGGGGCCAGCCAACUAUUCCGCUUGCCGAAGUUAAGCCUUUGCCAGUCUCCGAGAACAGGUGGAAGCCGCCGAGCGCGACAAAGGUUGCGGAAUCGGCUGCCGUGGCAACACCUUCUGAGGAUAAUAGGCUGUCUCCCGAAAUGGUCCAACGCAAGGUCAAGGCGGCGCUGAACAAGAUGACUCCAGAGAAGUUCGACAAAAUCGCGGAUCAAAUCCUCGAAAUCACUAGCCAGUCUAAAUACGAGACCGAUGGACGGACGCUCAGACAAGUCAUUCAGCUUACUUUUGAGAAGGCCACCGACGAGGCAGCUUGGUCUUCUAUGUACGCAAAGUUUUGCAAGCGAAUGCUUGAGGCUAUGGAUCCCAGCAUCAAGGACGAGAACAUUAAAGACAGGACCGGCAAUCUGGUUACUGGCGGAAGUCUGUUCCGCAAAUAUCUCUUGAACCGAUGCCAGGAGGAGUUCGAACGGGGCUGGAAAAUAAACUUGCCUCCCAAGCCUGAGGGUAUCAGUGACGAAGCCGCCAUGCUUUCCGAUGAGUAUUAUAUCGCAGCAGCUGCCAAGCGUCGGGGUCUUGGGUUGGUUCAGUUCAUUGGAGAGCUUUUCAAGCUGUGCAUGCUUACAGAGCGUAUCAUGAACGAGUGCGUGCGAAAGCUGCUCGAUUUUGAAGGCGUCCCCGAGGAUGAAACUGUUGAGAGUCUCGUUAAACUUCUCAGGACCAUUGGUAGGGCUCUGGAUGUUUCCGAGAAGAGCAAGAGUAUGAUGGAUAUGUAUUUCGCACGAAUCAAACAUCUGGUUGACAAUAAGGAGCUCAACAGUCGAAUGCGCUUUAUGCUGAUGGUAAGCAAUUUGGAAACUCCCCGAAACGCAAGGAGUCGUAGCUAAUUAGUGCGCAGGACGUUGUUGACCUACGUAGCAAAGGCUGGGAGACUAAGGGGACCGACAAAGGCCCCAAGACUAUCCAGGAGGUCCGUGAGGAUGCGCUCAAGGCGCAGCAAGAGAAGGAGGCUGCGGCCCGCGCCGGUCAGAGAUCGCGCCUCGGUGGCGGUGGGCGUGGAGGAGACACCAGAUCUUCCUCUGGCGGUGGCUACGGCAAUAGCAUGCAUCACCAUCCAGGAGGGUGGCAGGACAGCGGCAAAGUUAAUACUUCGGAUCUCGAGAGGCUUACCUCUAGGCCAAGACAGAACAAUCGCGGGACUUCCUCUGGCCUUGGGCCUCCUGGUCUGUACACGCGCACUGCCAGUGGUAAUGGUAGUAGAAGAGGACUUGGUCCCCCAAUUUCUAGAGGUCCUGAGGAUUCACACUCCUCGUCCCGCACACCUACUCCAGCACCAUCCACAUCCUCGAAAAACCCCUUCAGGUAAGCAAAUUGUUCCCUCGGUUGAUUACGUUCGUAAUGCUCAUUAUCCAUCAGUUUACUCGGGGAAUCGCACCACGACUCUGGCGAGACCAAUGAUACGACCCCAGCCCCAUUCCCAACUUCUUCAUCCCCGCCCACCGCUAACGCGCGAAUCUGCUCACCUCCCUUGACGAAGGAGGAGGCGAGGUAAAUCGAUUCGGAGAAUUCCUAUUCAAAAAAAAUUAAAAAAAAAUUAGGGUUUGUGUAGGCGUGGGCAAAUAGAGAGUUAGAACGGCGUGUAUCUUCAGGGUCUUUUUUGCUUCUAAAAAGUAAUGCUGCUUUGUAAAUGCUUAUUGGCGAUUAAUUUGUGUCUGCUUUUUUUGUUUUUUUAUUAAUUUUCUCUUCCUGUUCUCUCCCGUCCCCCCCUCGCGCCUGGUGGGACAGAAAAGCCAGGCCUUUUUCCAUCCGAAAUGUACGAACAGGUGAAUCGCCAGCGUCACGAUUACGAAAUGGGUUGGGGAUGUAUUUCUGGGAAAGAGGUAAAAGACAAGAGGGAGAAAGGGAAAUCUAACGACGGAUAACUGACUACACAAUAAUACAUCUACCGAUGAAUGGACGAACCGGGGGGUAGGUUGUCGAUAUGAUUGGGUGGCAGUGUUUUUAUGGCAGAAAGGCUACUGUAUGGCUCUGUGGUCUCGUACAAGUACAAGUACCCGUACAUUGAUGUUGGGAUUUGCUCUUUUUGUCUUUCUUGUAAAUCGCAUCGCUGUUGGUGGUGGGGGUGGCCUACUUUUUUAUAUUUCCUUGUCUUUUUUUCUUUUUCUUUCUUUUUUCCGUUACUUUUGAUCCUACUGCUUAGGUAACUCUUGUGGUACCGGUAAUUCAGUCACAUUCACAUUCAUCUUUUUUAAUGAUACAUAUCUCUCCCUGGGUGAAAUACUUGCGUGACAAGGCGAGAAGAGGAACAGUAGCAAACGGGGUUUUUUUGUUCUUGGUGAGCGAUUGUGAGUGAAGUUUGCCUCUUUUUGGCAGAAGAAGACGAGUCACGGAAUGGCACUCACAUAAAUGAUAUAAUGGAUC